UGGAGAACAGAGCUUCUAAACAGGACACAUCUCUGUAUGUUCUGUUCAAAUGGACUCUUCUUCUGAUUCCAGCUCCUACAACAUGGAGCCACCUGGACCUGGCCACUGGUCUAAACCCAGACCUAAACCUGCUCCCAGCUCUGUGUCUCUGAAAAGUGACCGCUCCAAAGGCUAUGUUCCAGACUUUAGAGAAGCUCCUCCUGAAGACCAGAGCUCCUACAAUAUGGAGCCACCUGGACCUGGCCCCGGGUCUAAACCCAGACCUAAACCUGCUCUCAACUUUUUGUCUCUAAAAAGUGACCGCUCCAUAGGUUAUGUUCCAGACUUUAGAAAAGCUCCUCCUAAAGACCAGAGGGAGCCAGGCCCAAAGGAGCAGCUGGACGCCAUAUUCAGGCGUCUGGAGGAGAACGUCCUGACUUUUGUCAAAGAGCAGCUGCAGAGGCUCCACAGGCUCCUGGCCUCAGAUUACCCAGAAUGCUCUGAGAGUGAGGAGGAGGAGCAGAGCAGCAGAGAGGCAGUUCUGAACAUCACCCUGGACUUCCUGAGGAGGAUGGACCAGGAGCAGCUGGCCCAGCGCCUGCAGGACAGAAACACUGUUGGAGUUUGUAGAGAUAAAAUGAAGAGGCAUCUGCAGCAGAGAUUCAGCCGAGUGUUUGAGGGCGUGGCUAAAGCAGGAGACUCCACCCUCCUGACCCAGAUCUACACAGAGCUCUACAUCACAGAGGGCGGAGCCUCAGAGGUCAACCAGGAACAUGAGGUCAGACACAUGGAGACCUCAUCCAGGAGACCAGCUUCUCCAGAGACCACCAUCACAUGUGAAGACCUCUUUAAACACCCUGAAGACAGACAUAGAGCAAUCAGAGCUGAGGAGAUCAUGGAAGAGAGCACACGUUUAAGAAUGUUUAAAAAAGCUGUUGCUGGACUGAGGCCAAUUAGAGCACAGCAGACAAAGCGAUCAAUGAGAACAGAGACAAAGGCACCGAUCCGGACAGUGUUGACGAAGGGUGUGGCCGGUGUAGGGAAAACAGUGAUGACUCAGAAAUUCAGUUUGGACUGGGCUGAAGGCAGAGCCAACCAGGACCUCCAGUUGCUGUUCCCGUUCACUUUGAGAGAACUCAAUGUGCUCAGAGACACACAGUUCAGCCUGGUGGGACUGCUGCACCACUUCUUCAGUCUAUCCAAAGGUCUCUGCAGCUUCCAACAGCUCCCAGUGCUCUUUAUCUUUGAUGGUCUGGACGAGUGCAGACUUCCUCUGGACUUCAGCGACACACGGGUCCUUACUGACCCCACAGAGUCCACCUCAGUUCAUGUUCUGCUGGUGAACCUCAUCAGGGGGAGCCUGCUUCCCUUUGCUCGCAUCUGGAUAACCACACGCGCCGCCGCAGCCAAUCAGAUCCCUGCUGAGUGCGUCUCUAUGGUGACAGAGGUGCGAGGGUUCACUGACCCCCAGAAGGAGCAGUACUUCAGGAAGAGGUUCAGAGACCAGGCCACAGCCGUCAUCUCCCACAUCAAGAGCAUCCGCAGCCUCCACAUCAUGAGCCACAUCCCGAUCUUCUGCUGGAUCCUCUCCACAGUUAUACAGAAGCUUCUGAAACAAACAGAGAAACCAGAGCUGCCCCGGACUCUCACACAGAUGUACAUCCACUUCCUGGUGGUUCAGGCCAAAGCCCAGAACAUCAAGUAUCACCAGGGAUCAGGGGUGGACCUUCACUGGACUCCAGAGACCAGGGAGAUGGUGCUGUCUCUGGCAAAACUGGCCUUUGAGCAGCUGCAGAAAAGAAACCUGAUCUUCUACGAGUGUAACCUGAGCGAGUGUGGGCUGGACGCUGCAGCGGCCUCAGUGUACUCCGGAGUGUUCACACAGGUUUUUAGAGAGGAGCCAGGCCUGUACCAGGACAAAGUCUACUGCUUCAUCCAUCUGAGUGUGCAGGAGUUUCUGGCUGCUCUUCACGUCCAUCAGACCUUCACAGAGUCUGGAGUCAACCUGUUAGAGGAACAACAAACUUCUUUUCUUCCUCAAUUGUUCAAAAACAAGACUGAACUGAGUUUUCUACAUCGCUCUGCUGUGGACCAGGCCUUACAGAGUCCAAACGGACACCUGGACCUGUUCCUGCGCUUCCUCCUGGGGCUGUCUCUGCCAACCAAUCAGAGUCUGCUUCAGGGUCUGCUGACUCAGACAGGAAGUGACGAGAGCAAUCGGGAGACAGCAGAGUAUAACAAAGAGAAGCUUAAUGAAGAGGGUCUGUCUGGAGAGAGAAGCCUGAACCUGCUUCACUGCCUGAACGAGCUGAACGACCACAGUCUGGUGAAGGAGAUACAAGAGUACAUGAGAAGAGGACAGAUCUCCAGGUUAAAUUCUCCUGCUCUGUGGGUGGCUCUGUCCUUCUUACUACUCUCCUCAGAGUCAGACCUGGAGGAGUUUGACCUGAGGAAAUACUGGGCCUCAGAAACAGCUUUCCUGGGUUUACUGCCAGUGGUCAAAGCCUCCACCAAAGCCCUUCUUUGUGGCUGUGGCCUGUCCCCUCACAACUGUGGUCCUCUGGCCUCAGUCCUCAGCUCCUCCAGUCUCACACACCUGGAUCUCAGUCACAAUGACCUCCAAGACUCAGGAGUGGAGCUGCUGUGCUCUGGACUGAAGAGCGUAACCUGCAGACUAGAAACACUCAGGCUGUCUGGAUGUCUGGUCUCAGAGAGGGGCGGGGCUGCUCUGGUCUCAGCUCUGUGCUCCACCCCCUCCCAUCUGAGAGAGUUAGACCUCAGCUACAACCAUCCAGGACCUUCAACAGAGCUCCUGACUGUUUUACGGGACGACCCACACUGUCACCUGCAGUCUCUCAGGUUGGAUCCUGCUGGAGAACAGUGGAUGGUCCCAGGUCUGAGGAAGUAUUCCUGUGAGUUUUCUCUGGAUCCAAACACAGCUCACAGAAAACUGAAACUGUCUGAGGACAAACGGACAGUGACCUGUGUGAGAGAGGAGCAGCAGUAUCCAGAUCAUGAGGACAGAUUUACAGACUACUAUCAGGUCCUGAGCUCCACUGGCCUGAGGGGGCGCUGUUACUGGGAGGUGCAGUGGAGUGGGUGUGACAUUAAAAUAGCAGUGAGUUGCAGAGGAAUCAGACGGAGAGGAAGGAGAGAGGAUUGUUGGUUUGGAAGCAAUGAUCAGUCCUGGAGUCUGAUGGUCUAUUAUGGACAUUACUAUUUCUGUCACAAAAACAGACAACUAAACCUCUCCUCUUCCUCCUCCUCCUUACGUCCCUCAGGUCGAGUGUCUGUGUUCCUGGACUCUGAGGCUGGAUUUCUGUCCUUCUAUGAGGUCCGCUCUGAUGGAAAAUUGUUCCACCUCCACACCUUCAGCUCCUCCUUCACUGAGCCUCUGUUUCCUGGGUUUGGGUUUGGAGAGUUGGAGGAAGGUUCCUCUGUGUCUGUGGUGGAUCUGAGUAGAGCGCCCCCUGGUGGAUAUAAGUGACACUUUUAUGAUCUAAUGAUUCUGCGCAUCAAUCUGUCCUAAAUCAGUACAAAUGUAAAUAAAAAAUGAAUAUGAGUCCAUCCUACAUGAGCCUGUUCUACAUGUAUCUAUUUCAAAUGGCUUUAAAAUGAAAGAACAAUUCACAAAAAAAAUCAGAAAAACUAAACAAUGGGGGAAAUGUGCAACAGAAAAUGGAGGAAAAUGUGUUCAAUGAGUCAAAUAUUUCUUUAGUUAAAUAUAUACAGAGCAUGAUCAGACAAAUCUUUAUAAAGAAGUACAAAUUCAACAAAUACUUUAAUCUAAAAAACAUCAGAUUAUGGCAACAGUUCUGUUUUAACAAGAAAAAACAUGACAAGUGAUGAAGAGAUAAGAAUGUGUAAAAAAAGAAAAAACUUCAGAAACCAGAUCCUGGAUAUGGCCCAUGAUGCACUGGUCCUGGUUUUGUCCAUAGACUUUACAUAUAAAUGGACAUAGCUAACCUGCUAGUUGCCGAGUUUCAAAUGGGAAGUGAUCAUGGGCGCGUUUCCGGCUCCAUCGACUCUGAUUCACUUCAGAAAACUGUGGCCCCUCUCUCUGUAACUGCUGCUGUCAGGCUCGUCAUUUUGUUCGUAUUAACUACACGAUCCUGGGAUUUAUUUCACUAUUGUCUCUGUAACUCGAGAUAUGAACAUUUAUAAGAGACAUAUCAGCUGCCUUCUUUCCUCGAGGUUUCUCCUUCUAGACUUAGCAACAGGUUUGAUUGACAGCGUUGCUAAGUGAGGGACAUUACCUUCAACAGCUUUGCUCCAGAUUGGCUCUUUAGUUGCUAUGAUAUUCGCAGUUGGAAUUUCAGAUAUGGAACUCAGCUCCAAAUUCACCCCUAUAACUGCUCCAGCCUCGAUGAGCUUCAUUUGACUGGAGCCGAACACUACGAGUCACACUCCUGUGGACAAAUGUAAUACAUUGCUUACUUUCUGGUGCAAAUGUUCUGUUUCCCAUGCAGCAGUGGCCAUAUAUCACACUAGGGGAGGAUAGCAGCUAUUUUCUGGUCAUUUUAGUUAAGGUCACAUUUCUUACCUUUAUCUUCCUUUCAUCUCAGGAACAUGUGACCCCCAGUUUGGGAGGGUUAUAAAACACUGGUGCAAUCUCCCCUUAGACUCUGCUUUAGAUGCUACUCACUUCACUUGAUUUUGCUGGAUGCUGCCUUUAACCUGACUGUAUUGUUGUAAAUGACAAUAAAGA